AUGGAGCCGCAAUCACCACCCAAACGCGUCACCCGAUCACGCGCUGCCAGAUCUACCGACUCUGCUCCCACCAAGGUCGUGACCGUCGCGUCAAGGGCAAAGACGACGCGUGUUGCAGCAACAAGCUCUCUCACCACCACCAGGACCACGGCAACCAAGCGGAAGCUCAGGUCCGAAGAUACGGAGAACGAAGAAGCCGAAAACGACGACGAUGAGCUUGGUUCUGUAUAUCCCGCCCCAGCACGGGCUACCAGGGCCACCCGUGGCCGGCCACAAAAGCCGGCUGAGCCAGAACCCUCCAAGAAGACCAAAACAGAAACUACGUCAGCACCGACACCCGCGCCUGUAGCUCCCCCGAGGAGGGGUCGGCCGCCCAAGAAAAUAGCUUCUACGGCACCAGGUGGUGCCAAAGAGGAGACUGUAUCGGUUGCCACAAAGCCGAUCCGAGCAACAAGAACCAAAAAGAACCAGUCUACCGAGGAGCCCGAGGAGGCAACCAUCAAGCCUGCGACUCGGACACGGGCAGUGAGCACGACAGCCAAGGCGCCGGUGAAGAAGACGGUUCAGUUCGAGGAGCCAGAGAAGGAAAAUAUCCUGCCUGCUGCAGCAACCAAGACCAGAACCACGAAAGCCGCGCCCUCCACCAAGACUGCCGCACCAGAACCCCCAGCCACAGGCCUUCGCGCUAGGCCUGUGCGCAAGGCGGCACUACCUGCUGCUGCCCGUCCAACCCGAGGCGUGGCCAAAAUCUCUGCCCAAGCGAAAAAGGAGAAGGCAGAAGAAGACCAAGGGGCAGAGUCGGAGAAGACGUCCCAGGAGAGUGGACCGGCGCCGCUGAGCCCCAAAAAGAUGUCACAACUAGCACACCCCAAGGACCUCGAUAGGGCAGCUGAGUCUGAUGACGAGCUUGCAGGUGACAAGACUCUGCAUAGGCCUCUGAUGAAGAAGCCGGUCAGACCGCCGGCGAGCUCGAGUCUCGAGAAGAAGGAAGCAGAUGUGUCAAUUGAAACCAUGGAGGUGGAUAGCAAGCUGCUGCCAAUCCCAGAGCCCAGCGUGUCUGCCGGUGGUAUUCUCCACAGCCCGGCUCGCCGCCCACAGGCUAUGCCUCACAAAGACGCCAUGAAGUCACCAGCUCGCCGAGGUGUUGGUGUGCCGGUCAUCAACCUCCCUAAAGACGAGUCUGGGAGCCAGGAUAACCAAUCGCCUAUGAAGGCCUCGCUACUCAGCUCUCCUGCAAAGCGGCCAAAGUCGCCAGUCAAGGGAAUGAAUCCAUCUAGCCUGACUUCUUCCUCGCUAAGUGACUGCAACCGCUCGCCAUUGAAGUCCUCGCUUCUCGCAUCCCCAGCCAAGCGUCCGUUGUCACCAAUCAAAGGGAUACGCCCACCUCAACCCAUGUUUGAACAGACCUGCCAAGCCGAGCACGCUCAGGAAGAUCACGAUCUCGAGGCAGACAUUGACUCGGCAAAAACUCUGAAUCAAGCAAAGGAGCUGCCACCAUCACCUACAAAGGCCAGCCGGCAGCAUUUCCCCGGCCGCCUCUCCACUGUGCUGCCAAGACAUGCUGAUCCUGACCUGAAAAAGAAUCCCAUGCUUGGGGUUCCCCUAACAUGUAGCCAUGAGGAUGAUGCCGUCUCCUCCACCCCGGAUGAAUUCGUUCAGAUUGGGGAGCCCAUGGAUGUGGAUGUAGUUGAGCCAAGCAUUGAGGCACAUGCAACAGAGACCGUUGACGUGGCCGAAGAUUCUGUUGCGAUGGGUGCUUUUGGCUUAAGACAGAAGGAUCUGGACCCUUUUGUGGGUGCAGAGUCAGACUCGGAUGAUGAUCUGGAAUCUCGUGAUGUUGCGACUUCAUCAGCUCUGAACAGCACAAUCAAGACCCCACGCCGCGCAUGCAACACUAGGAGCAGCAACAACGAAAGGCAAAGUAUGGGUGGACUUCAGUCUACAACAAAGAGCGCUCAGCACACACUCAUGGCAGGGCAAUAUGGCUUCACACCUCUUGCUGAAAAGCUGAGUGGUUGGAAGGCAAACAGCCCCCUCAAAGUCGGACUGGAACCCCAGCAGUCGCCAUUGGGCAACGGCUUGGUAGAAGAGAAAGUACCCUUCACUUUGGCUGAAGGUUUCGUUCAGGAUUCGCCGGCGAAACCCGGAUUUUUCGAAGACGCCAUCUCGGUUGGCCCCAACUCUAUGCCGGAUAUCGACACAUCCGCGAACAAGGCUAGCUCUUGCCAGGAGCCUGAAGUAGAGGUGGAGAUUGAGGAGCCUGAGCUUGAACCUAUCCGCUGCACUCAGGAAGACUUUGAACUUGCCGCUGAGGCAGAUGUAAUGUCACUCCUGGAGCCGUCGCAACUUGACGAAGCGCUUCAUAACGACUUGAUUGAGGACAAUGCGUCAGAGGCAAGCCAGGAAUACGGGGACGAGAACGAUGCUCCGCUGAUCGACCCUGCUCUGACCAGCUCUCCAGGUGUUCCCCCUGUGACACCAAAGCGUUUUGCCACCCGUACUUUCCACACAGUCUCCAAAAUCCCGCUCAAGCCAGCGGAUGAUUCCACGCCAAAGUCGGUAGGGUCGGCGACACAGAAGAAGCAGCGCAGGCACAGCCUUGCGAAGCUACCCACUGCCAUCAGCCCCAGUAACCGCCCUACCAAGGGCCUCCAGAGGAACGCAACCGUCAUCUCUUACUCGCCCACCAAGAAGGAGAGCAAGCUAAAUGUACAAGACAUUACUCCCACUGACUCGUCUGAUUAUCCCGAGACCCCGGUGAAAUCAACCACCGGGUGGUCCACGUCCGGCACGCCCGCCCGCACCCCCCGACAAGUUGUUAAUCCUGCACUUCUCAGAGGUGCGGUCGUCUACGUAGAUGUGCGCACCAGCGAUGGCGCCGAGGCUAGCAGCAUUUUCGUGGAUCUCCUCACGCAGAUGGGUGCAAGGUGUGUCAAGUCGUGGGCUUGGGAUCCCGAGAGUCUAAGCGACAGCCAAGAUACCGAUGAUGAGGAUACGCCUUCGGGAUCCAAGAUUGGAAUCACCCACGUUGUAUACAAAGACGGUGGCAGACGUACAUUAGAAAAGGUUAGGGAGACAAAUGGAGUGGUACAAUGUGUCGGUGUGUCUUGGGUUCUUGACUGCGAACGCGAGAACGAAUGGCUUGACGAGGCGCCGUAUUACAUUGACACUGCCCUGGGAUCCCACAGCGGUGUUGGUCGUCGCAAGACCAUGGAGCCGAGGGCCUUUGCCGAGACAGCUUCGUCCUCCCUUGACGAUGGCAGUGACAGACGCAAGUCCCGCGAGUGUAAGACGGCCCCGUCAACGCCUGCUAACGGCCGACGUAGCAGUGGCCUGUGGAUGCGUACUCCGGAGGAUGAGGUGUCGGCGGCCUCCCGCCGCGCCAGCAGCAUCUACGGGGACGAGGAUGGUGACUUUGACGACGCCGAUGCAGACUGGGAGCUGGAGAGCAUGCUCAUGCCGGUACCCAAGACGCCGGCGCCCGAGACUAUUGCGCGCUAUGCUGCCAAUGUGACCCCCGAUACGCCAUCGGUCGACGAUGAGACUCUGUCGCUGAGCCGGGAUGAGCUAAUGAUGCGGACGUGCCCGCCAAAACCUGCGGGUGGCAUCAUGUUGCUCGGUGAGGGUCUCCUAGCCAGGGAGAAGGACGAGGGUGUGCUGCAGCGUUUGAUGGCUGCGCGAAGGAAGAGUUUACAAUUUGCACCUAAAAUCGGCAGCCCGUUGGCCAAGACUUGGCCCUGA